AUGCCGCACUGGCAAAACGUCAUUGACUAUGAAGAAGGGGAUCCCCGCGUCGUCGAGGCCCUUCACUGUGGCUACCCACGUUUCGUUUACCCGCCCGCCGUCCGUCGCCUCAUCACUGCCCUUGGUGCUCGCUACGCGGGUCCACAACAAACAGUGCUUCCGUGCCCCUCCCUCCACACAGCCCUGCGGGUCCAACAGCACUUGCUUGCCGCUGGGAUCCCACCGCAGGCCUUGUCCAUUCAGGACGUGGGUUUUGAAGGCGUGGCCGCCGUUGUCAUGCCCGACACGGCUGCAGCUGCGGCCCGUACCUACUGGCAGCACAUGGGUGAGAUUGUUUCGGCUCGGCUGGCGCAACGAGUGCUUGGCCACCUCGAUGGCGGGCGGGCGUGGGAUCCUUUACCCACCAGCCCGGCCACUGAUCCCAGCCAUCACUUGCGGCGUCACAUUGCCGCUUUGAGCCAGCAGGAUCCCGACCACAUUCAACUCUUCUCCACGGGUAUGGGUGCCGUCACCGCUUGUACCCGCAUGCUGCGGCGAGCAGCUGCUGGUACCAACCGUGCAGCAGCCAAAGCUGUUGUCCUGGGCUUUCCCUACGUUGAUACGCUCAAGCAGCUGCAGCACCCUCACCUUGGCCCGGGGGCGCAUUUUCUACCCGGCGGCGACCUUGACCAACUACGCGCCUUGGCAGCCCGCGAGCCCCUGCUGGCCAUUUAUGUGGAAACACCCUCCAAUCCACUCCUGCGCACGGUGGAUAUGGAUGCACUCCGGGCCAUCGCCGACGCGGCUGAAGUUCCAGUGGUGGUGGACGACAGCAUCGCCAACUACUGCAACGUCGACGUGUUGACGCCCGGCUUGGCCGACGUGCAAGUAUCCUCCUUGACCAAGUCCUUCAGUGGUCGUGGUAACGUCAUGGGUGGAGCCAUGAUUUUGAACCCUCGCUCGGCGCACUUUUCCGUUUUGCAAUACCAUGCCAACUGCAGCCCCGAACCAGGCCUCUACCGCGCAGACGCAGAAGCUCUCUUGCACAACAGCGUUAACCUAGAGGCCCGCACGGCCCGGACCAACGCCAGUGCUGAGCGCCUGGCCGACUUUCUGAUCGACCACCCAGCCGUGGCCGCGGUCCACUACCCCAAGUUUGUCACACCCGAAUUCUACGAGCGCAUUCGUCGGCCCACUGCCACCGGCUAUGGUGGGCUCAUGUCCAUUGACCUGCGCCAGCCGGCGCGCGCUGCUGCCGUGCAUGACGCCCUGGUCUUGCCCAAGGGACCCGGCUUUGGCACCAACUUUUCACUUUUAUGCCCCUACACGCUCUUGGCUCACUACUACGAGCUGGACUUUGCGCGCACCCACGGUGUAGAAAAAUCGCUGCUGCGCAUGUGGGUGGGCCUUGAGGAUCCUGACCAGCUCAUUGACACCUGGGCCCACGCUUUGACCAAAGCCGACUAA